CACGAGAGAGUUCACUUUCGGUUCCCUGGUAAGAAUGGUCGAAGAACAAUUGUAAGUGCCUGAAUCAUGUUCAUUGGAGAUACCGGUAUGGCAAAGAAUGGGAAAGGCUAAAUAAGAAUUUGUGAAAUACGGUGUCGUCUGUAAUAGACGUAAGCUUCCUCCCCUUCCCAUCAUGGCUACCUCCAUGGAUCAGUCUACUGUUCUUGAAGAUGAGCUCACCUGUCCCGUGUGCUUGGACCUGUUCCGUGACCCCCACCUGCUGCCUUGCGGCCACAACUUCUGCCUCCUCUGCGUCCGCCGCCUCAAACGCCAGGCAGAGCGAGGUCGCUUCCGUUGCCCAGAGUGUCGCGAGAGCCACCGCUGCUCCGCAGCCUCGCAGAAGAACUUCAAGCUGGCCAACAUCGCCGACGACUACCGCCUCCGGGGACAGGCAGCGUUGUCAAGACCACAACAACCAGAUGGUGGCCCCCCGGCAACAGCCAAGAUCCCUGUGUCCGUGCCCUGUGACUACUGCCGCCCAGGGGACAUUAGCGAGGCGGGGAAAGGGGAACCUGGAGCUCCCGGGGCUGAAGGAGAGGUGGUGUUUGCGGUGAAGACGUGUCUGAAAUGCGAGGUGUCCAUGUGUCAGGAGCAUGUGAAGGCCCACCUGGAGCUACCUGCAUUUAGGGAGCACCCCCUGACCGAGCCCCUGGGAGACCUUAGGAAGAGGAAGUGUCCCGAACAUGAUGAGAUGUACCGCUACUACUGCAUGGACGACAGCAUGUGUGUCUGUAAUGCCUGUACCAUAGAGGGGGGCCACGCCGGACACACCAUCAAGACCCUGAAGAACACCAUGAAGGGUCUGAAGGGCAUUUUGGAGACCCAGCUACAGAAGGUGGACAGGAAGUUGAGCAAAGCAGAAAAAACUCUCCAGGAGCAGAAAGUGGAGGAACAAAUUAACAAGAAGUUCCUGGAGGACUCGGACCAGCGGAUCAUGACGGUGGGGAAGGAGUUACAGGUCCACCUGGAGGGCUUGCUCACAGCCUUAAGGGACUGUACACGCUCCCAAGAGAGCGAGUGUGGCCCCAACAUCCAGCGGAACAUAGCCAAGGUGACCCAGGAUCACGCUCGUCUGCAGGAUGUCCACAGCAGAAUCCAGAACCUCGCCCAGGAGAACGACCCCUUCCGCUUCCUAGAGGCAUACAAAUCAUCAAGCAAAAAUUUCUGCAGGCAGUUGAAGAAGCCCCUCUUCUACCCAGAGUAUGUUGGUGUGGACACUGAAGGCCUGGCCGAGGCCCUGGAGGUUAAGCAGGAUGACUUCCUCACUAAUGUACGCUCCUGCAUCUCUCAAUUCAUCGACGAUAUCUGUCCUUCAGUCAGGGAAGAGCCGGACACCGGAGGAGAGGAGGAUGAAGAUGACGACGAGGAGGAUGGCAGUGAUGGAGAUGAACAAGAGGAGGAGAUGAGCGAGGAAGAGGAGGGUAUACACGACCACGAGUCAGCAGACGAACUCUACGGUGAGGAAGAUGAAGAGGAGAUUUAUUCGAACUGAUUAAAUGACUAUGGGGUGAAUUGUCAAAUCCAAUUCUUCCAUUUAAGUCAAACUGUCUCUCAUAGCCUCCCAUUGACAUCAAUAUUUGACCAUGUAAAAAUUUUGCUUUGAAUUUAGGAUUUUCCCAACCAUUUUGGGAAACCUUUCAAAUAUUAUACAUUCUACAUCAAUGUUUCAAAGGGGAGAUGUUUAUGGGUGCAUGGAACCAUAUUUCAUAUAUAGUGCACUACUUUUGACCUGGCUUUGGUCAAAUGUUGUACACUAUUUAGGCCAGGGCUAUUCAACUAUAUUCUUACAGAUGUAAAAAAGGUUAAUUGCAGGGGGGGCAGACAUUAUCCACAUGCGUUUAGUUUAAGGAAGAACUGUUUAAAAAAUAAAAGCACACACCAGUAAAGUACUUUUCUUAAAUUGUUGCUAAAAUGAAUUAGGAAAGAAGUGGAUGUCGCUCAACCAAUGUGGUUAGAGGUGCAACCCAAAAAUGCAAUAAUUGAAAAGGAAAAGGCGCAAUGUUCGCUCACCAUUUAAAGCUUCUUAAAAGUAAUUAGGUCAUUUUAAAUUCUGAAAAUGAAGUAUCUCAAAAAAUAACACACAUGUCAAGUCCGGUAAUGCCAAAUUCCAGUCUGAAGGAAGUAUGCUUUGAAUUUAUUUCCCUCAGUCAUUUGGUGUGUUUCUUUUGUCACACUUCCUCUAGCAAGUCCUCAUGGGCAUCAGAGAGGGAAACGGAAGGCAUGUACUUGUGCUUAGCUUUCAGAAA